UGUUGUACCGCAUUUUUGUUUUGGUUCUCGACGUGAACGGACGUGUGUGCUCGUGUGAUGCGGCGCCAGCUGGCAGGUACAGACAUUCAAGGCAACUACUUCAAAAAAGCAGUAAUAAAUACGAUUUUACACAUUCACAUUCCAUUUUGAUUCUGUUGUGUGUGAAAAACUUAUAAGAGAAAAAGAAAAACAACAAAAGCACGAAACCAACGGCAAAUAACAAUAACAGCAGCGGCAACAACAGUAACAGCAUAGCAAAGCAGCGAAGUCAACGUCAAAACGAAGAAGAAGAAGCAAGAUAAAUACAUAGCAAUUUCGACUAAAUAAAGUUUACCAAACGUCGUCGGUACAAUCAGAACGUUCCGUUCCUGCGUUUCUGUUUUCCGUGCGCUCUCCUUUCCGUUCGUUCCGCGCGCCGCUCUCUUGCGGGAGAGAGGGUGCCACUUGUUGCCGGCUCAACUCGAACUCUCUCUUCCUAUUCCAUCAUUCCAUCGAUAUUGCAUAGGAUAAGUGAUUGAUCUGAUCCACCCACUGGCGGAGGUUUGUGUUACGACGACGACGCCGACGACGCUCAGUGGAAGCAGAAGAGCCCGGAACCUUUGGAAGGCAUGCAGUUUAUGGCCAGCGGUUACUCCUGCAGCAGCUCCAUCUCCUUCAGUUCCAGUUCCAGUUCCUUCCGUUCCACACUCUCGCGAUGGAGAGCGAGCAGCAGGAGGUUGGGGGCGGAAGUGCACCGUUAUGUCGCAUCUGCAUCACCACCCACCACCAGCACAACAACACCGCCACCACCACAGCGUCCACAGUGUCCACAGCCAACCUGCCAAUGAUACCCAUCUUCGGCGAGGAUGCGCUCUGGCAGAAGAUUACCACGUUGGCCAACGUCAAGAUCAGCAAAAACGACACGCUCCCGCAACAGGUGUGCGUCGGCUGUGCCAAGACAGCCAUAUCGGCCUGCGUGUUCAAGAAGAAGUGCGAGGAGGCGGACAGCUUCUAUCGCCAGCAACUGAGGCUCCAAAAAAUCGAGGGCGCGGAUUCGCUGGAGACGAGCGCCGCCGCCGAACAGGCCAAGAGCAGCGGCUGCAGCAGUGGCAGCGGGAGCAGCAGCGCCAGCGGCAGCAGCUCCACCAGCAGCAGUUCCUCCUCCGACGACGAGGACGAGGACAACGACCAGGACCAGGCUAACGACAAUGAAGAGGGCGCUGGAGAGGCACACAAGCGGCUGCAGAACGGCCAUGGCCACCAGGCAAUUAAUGGCCAUCGGGGAGACGAGGUCCCGGAGGAGAUGGACGAGCAUCACGAACCAGGCAACAACGAUGCGGAGCCGGAUGAGGGUCACCAUCGAAAUGGGCUCGAGUUGGCAGAUGAUGCCCAUCCCGAAGAUGAGGAUGAUGUGGAGGAGAUUAAUCACCUGAGCCACCAUAACGACGAUGGCGAAAUAACCGGCGUGCACCCCAAGGAGCCGUUCAACUUCAACUCGAUUCGCCUGAUGCAGGAGUAUAUGCAGCAUCAGAUGAACAAGUUCCCCAAUGGCUCCGCCACCGGUCCACCGGGUCAGGAUAUGGAGCUCGAUCUCGACCACCGGCACCACCUCCACCACGAUGGCGAUGGCGACGAUGAUGAUGAUGAGGAUAUGUCGCUGCCCCUGAUACCCGAAAUAGAGUUGAUCACGCCGGGCGACGAGGCGCCAGCGGAUCCCUCGAAUCCCAACGACCUGGUCAAUGGCGUGGCCGGCGUCGGCGUGGUCCAGGGCAUGCGCGGACCGGGCUUCCAGUGCCCCCAUUGCUAUCAGAUAUUCGAGAUGAAGCAGAUCCUCAAGGCGCACAUGCAGAGCGUCCAUGGAGCGCCGGGUCCGGUGUACGAGUGCAGCAAUUGCCGCAAGACCUACUUCUACAAGCGCUUUCUGGAGAAGCACAUACGGCGCGGUCGGUGUGUGAAGAAGCGUCGCAACCAGACCCGACCUAUGCAGUGCUCGGACUGUCACGUCCUCUUCCCCACGGGCCACCAUUUGGGUUGGCACAAGCGCACCGGUUGUCCCUCGAAGGCGGCCAAAAUGCCCCUGCAGCAGCUUUUCAAGCAGAACAUUGUGCAGUUCAACAACUUCCCCAAGCGCAUUGCCGCCGGCGGAGGAGCACGCAAGCCCACGGCUCCCGAUCUGCACAUCAACAAUCGCAAACUGGGCCUGGCCAACAAGCGAAAGGGACGCACUCGCAUCAAGCUGGAUGCCAAGAAGAUUGCCCUGGCCAAGCAGUUGAUACUGCGCGAGGCCACCACCACGGUGAUUGCCAACGAGCUGAACAUCUCGCGCACCUUCGCCUGGCGCCUGCGCAAGAGUCUGGUUAAUGGUGUCAGUCUCCAUGAGCGUGUGGUGGAUCCCUCGCAGGAGGAGCAGCACCUGCAGCAGCAGCUGCAGCAACAGCAGCAGCAUAAUCAUCAGCAGUUGCACUUGCAGCAGCAACAGCAGGAGGAGCAGCAGCAGGCGGCAGCUGCUGCAGCAGCGGAACGCGAACGGGAGCAUCACCACUUGAGCCUUCCCUACAACCACCUGGGCUUGGGUCUCAUCAAGGAGGAGCGACAGGACAGCGAGGAUGAGGAGGAGCAGCAGCAGCAGCUCCACCAUUCGCACCAUCAACUGGGCCUGGUGGACGAGUGUGGAGCGGAGGAGAUCGGAGCCGAGGAGACGGCCGGCUAUAUGGGCGAUGAGGAUGCCGUUUGCGGAUUGCUCCACAAUGGCUACGAUCCCGAUCCUGACUCCGAACCCAUUGAGCACGAUCCCUUUGAGGGCACCGACAACAACGACCAUCAUUCCAAUGGCAGACGGCCCAGCUCUGUUUCGCCGGCACCGCCACCACUGGCGCCGCCAUCGAUGGGCAGCUCCGGUGGGGUUGGGGUCCCGGUGCCGGUGCAGGUCCAUGCUGCUGCCGCGCGGACCGACGUGGAGGUCUAUAAGCGGCUGCUGGCCGAGUCGCAACACUUCCCCCACAUCGUCAACGCCCAGCAGUUGCAGAUGCAGCAGCAGCACCGCGAGCGAGAGCGGGAGCAGCGAGACCGCGAGCUGGAGCAACUGCAGCAGCAGAAGGUCCACAACGGCGGAAUGCCGAUGCUCACACGCUAUCCGCCCGCCGUCAUGCACGCCCUGCCCGUCAACCUGUCCCUGCGCUCCAUGCCCCACAUGAACAGCAACGAGAGCAAUGGGAGCUCCAGCAGCAACACCGCUGCCCCACUACCCGUUCCCGGCUCAUCCGGAGCCACCCCGACUGCCACUCCAACUGGCAAGAAGCCCCGCAAGCCGAACGUCUUCAUCGAUGACGAGAAAUACGCCAUGGCCAAGCUGCUGGUGGCCCAGAACUCCUCCACCAUGGAGAUAGCCAGGGCCCUCAAUGUCUCUCAGAUGACGGCCUGGAAGGUGCGCGAUGCCAUUCUCAAGGGAGUGCCGCUGUCGUACCGCAACAAGCGUUCGGAUGGCCGGCAUUCCGAGGAGUUAAGCGCCAAGGAGCAACAGCAGCAGCAGCAGCAGCAACAUCAGCAACAACAGGAGCAGCAGCAACGCCAGCAGCAAGAGAUGCAGCGACAGCAGCAACAGCAAAUGGAGCAAAUGGAGCUAAUCAAACAGCAACGCCAGCAACAGGAGUUGCUACUUCAACAACAGCAGCAGCAGCAACAGCAGCAUCAGCAGCAGCAGCAACAAAUGCGUCAUCACACACCAGCGGAAACAUCACACUAUCAGCAGCAGCAGUCGCCGCCGAAGAUGCUGCAUCCUCGCCGCCGCCUGAAGGCCGCGGAACGCGAGCUGCGCGACAAGGAGAUCACACGCGAAAUACUCGAGCUGAUCAAGGAGGACAGCAACAUUCAGUACUGGAAGGUGUCGGCUCGCCUGGCCGAGAAGGGCAUCAAUAUAUCGCCCUCGUCCGUCUGCCAGAAGCUCAAGUCGAUGGGCAUCCACCGGCGCUGGAAGCCCGGCGACAAGCCGCCCAUGCUGGCCAUCAGCCAGCUCAAGGCGGCCACUGUGGCGGCGGCAGCAGCAGCGGCAGCUGGCCUGGCCGGCGUCGGCGGCGUUGUGCCGGGCAGCGCCGCACUGGCCGGCAGCAGUUUUGGCCUGGCCGACGACGGCUACGAGCAGCAGCAGUUCGACAUGGGCGGGCCACACUUUCUCAGUGCCUUCACGCGCUAGAUCACACCGGACCGGAAGUAGUCGUCCUCCCCUUCUUGGCCUAGAUCUAGGACUUAAAUGUAGAACGCGUUGGAGUGGACGCAGACUCGUAGAAGGCAUUUUCUAGACAAUUACACUUGGCAGCUGUAGGUCCAAAAGGGAAUUUUAAGCUAUUGAAGAUAGUGUCCGCAUCUACGACUUUGGGUUUAAUACUGUUUUUUCGAGCAACCCUUAUCCAUAUGCAUAUAGACCAGCACAGCAUCAACAACAACUUGUAUUUUUUAUAUAGUAUUUGAGGAGAGUGCGCGCUUGAAACGUAUUUGUAUUUGUACUCGAUAUGAGAUAGCGUAUAUGGUAUGAUUCUGUAUUAGAUUUAUAUAUAUCCAAUAUAUAUAUGCUAAGCAUUCCUAGAAUGUCACACACACAAAGAAAUGAAGGCACCCAAACAACAUGUUCAUUCCAAGCGAGGAAACGGAAAUGAUUUCCCUUCCCCACUUUCAGCAGCUUCCUUUCCUCUUCCUCCAUCCACACACACUGCACCACCACACACACACUUAGCCGAUAAUGUUAUAAAUUAAUUAACAUAUUUAUUGAUCGCAUGCCGUCGUGUGUUUGUGUGUGCGUUCCAGCUGAGAAAUGUAUUUAAAGAUUUGCAUCACUUUUAAUUAAUUUAUUUAUACUCACGCACACACACCGCGUACGAGCAAUUAUUAUUCAGUACUGAACUUUAAGUUAGUUAAAUUAAUGCAUCAAACGAUACAAUAACAAUCAGAACAAAGCAAGCGGAAGCAGAACAAACAGCAGCUAAAGAGAAAGUUAAGAAAGCUAGCCACAUAAGUGCAAUUAUAACCUAAACCUAGAAAACCAGAUGAAUGUAUAGUGUAUUACGAGUGACCGAGACGGAAAAUGGGGGACUGAGGGAUGGGAGAAAGAGAGGAAACACUGGCCCAAACACCACUGUGCAUUCUUUUAGUGCGCAUUUCAAAAAUGAUUUAUUCGAAAGUCGUGAGUUGGUUCCCAACCCCUAAAAUUCCACUUCUAAUUUACGGCUUUUAGGCACUGCAUUUUACUUUUACAAACAUCUGUUGUUUUUGGUUGAGUGUAGAAACAAAUCUUAAAAUCUAAAAUAAGUUUAGGUCAAUUAAAGCAUCAAUUAGUUUUAUUUUAGAAAAACUUUCAAUACAUUCCCAAAGACAUACCAAAAUUCAGAAAAACCAUAGGUGCACACAAGCAAAAAUUGCAUUUUUUGUGUGCUCACAGUGGGGUUAAGCCAAUAACUUAGCAACUUUCACUUCCUAACUCUUUUCCCUUCUUCGUCUUGGUCGUUUUCCACAGAGACAGCUAUUCUGAAUCCAUCCUGCAAUCAAACCCAAAAUUAUGUAAAAAACGAUUAACUAAAAAAGAGUCGUAGCCAAUUGUUAGUUGAAAGUGAGAAAACCCAAUCUCCAAUAGAACAAAGUGAAGAACAGGCAAAUGAGGACAAGUUAAGCCGAGGACUCAGAACUGUAUUUACUUACAGCCCCUUUAAGGAACGUAUAUUUUAUUAUUCUUUUUUGUUGUAGUGGAUGAAAUUCGAUUCGUCUGCGAUUUAUUUUUGUAUAGCUUUUAAGAUCAACAGUUAGAGCAAGGGAGAUGGCAAGAGAGUGCGAGCGAGAGAGCGGUGGCGAAGGUUGACAUAGUAUUUUUUUAUAUUUUUGUACAAUUUGAAAUUGUAACUGCUUUCUAUCAAUCAAUCAAUGAUGAUUCCCUCCCUCCACCACAGCACACACACACAUGCAAAACACACACGCGCAUACUGCAAAGUAUUUUCGAUAUUCAUUACAUAUAAAUAUAUCCAUUUAUAUAAAUAUGUAACAUUUAAACGCAUACGAAACUAAAUUUAUGAAGUAAUUUUUUUUGUUUUUUUUUUUAUAUACCAUAUUUAUUAGCCGCAGCUUAUAAAAUAGAGAUACAACAAACGAUUACAUUUUUGUAUGAAAUGCAAGGAUGUCUAUGAAAUAUAAUUUACUAUACAUAACUAUACAUAUUUUUAAAGUAAUAAAUAAUAAUAAGGAUCCAUUGCAGCAGCAUCAACAAAUAGAACUGACGUGCCUAUGUAGCGAUUAAAUCUGACUAAACACCCACACGGAAACACCCAAGAUACACACACCUAGAGACAAGCCGAUGUAAUGCAUUAAAUAAUCAUUCCAAAAUGUCAUAUGAAGGAAAAGAAACGAAACAAAAUACAAGCAACAUUAUAUAUUUUUAAAUGAAUAAAUAAUAUUUCAAGAAAA